AUUUGUUUUGUUACCUUGCUUAAGAACAGUUACAUGCAACCUUCAUACCUAACCUUUCCUUACAGUUCUAUUGAUAAUAUCUAUUAUUACUCUUCCAGACCUAACGCCUGCCUAUCAUGGCUUUGAUUGAAUACACAAGUCUUGUAACGCUAGAUCGGCCGUUUGGUAUUCACUGGUGGUCAAUACUAAAUAAGGCCUUCACUAUUAUUGUAGGAUCACCGGCAACCGAUUUCGAGUUUAUACCACACAAAACUACAUUAUCCACUAUUAAAGAAUCAUCUACCCUGAUUGCGCUUUACAUUGCAGUCAUUGUUGGUGGCCAGGAGCUUAUGCGGAAUCGGCCAGCCUUUAAACUGAAAUCAGCGUUCUUGCUCCACAAUUUGUUCUUGACCAUCGCCAGUCUAGUUCUACUGGUGCUCUUUCUAGAGCAGAUAGUGCCGACUGUUGCUCGUCAUGGAUUUUUUUAUUCUAUCUGCCGCGUUGACGGUGGUUGGACUCAACGUCUCGAGGUUAUUUACUAUCUAACCUAUCUCUCAAAAUAUAUUGAACUUUUGGAUACUUGUUUCUUAAUGUUAAAGAAAAAACCACUAACUUUCUUACAUUGUUACCACCACGCUGCAACUGCAAUAUUCACUCUCAUGGGUAUGAAGAGCGCUACUCCAGUCAGCUGGGUAGUCGCUAGUCUUAAUCUUGCCGUGCAUAUUAUAAUGUACUGGUAUUAUUUCCAAAGUGCUCGUGGCAUACGCGUUUGGUGGAAAGAAUGGAUUACUAGACUCCAGAUCCUUCAAUUUAUUAUUGACCUCGGUUUUGUCGUUUUUGUCAGCUACUCUUAUUACACUGCCCUCUACUUGCCUUGGAUGCCUAGAGUUGGCAGUUGUGUUGCUGAUAGUCAAAUUGCUAUAGCUGCAUUUACGAUCCUAACAUCCUACCUUGUUCUUUUUACAUUGUUUUAUAAAGCUACAUAUAAAACAAAUGGAAAAUCUUACAUGCGGUAUAAGUCUUUAGAACAAAAGAAAAAGGUUACUUUACCUUUAUGCACUAUAAUAGAUUAGUCAAGCAGGUUGCUUUAUUAACAAGCCGGGAAUGUAUAACAUUCUAGUUUAUACUAUCUAUACAAUCAGGGUUGCAAUAGCAGUUAGUAGC